AUGGCAAUUUGGAAUAUUUCUGAAGGUAUAUUAAGAAUAUCUGAUGACGGGUCAAGGUCUCGCGGAGCUACGAAAUAUUACGAUAUUAUCGGGAGAUCAGAUACGGGAGAUCUGAGUGUUGAUGGGGAAGACAAGGGGCCAAUCAGGGCCAGGAAUGACGAUACAGUUAUACCCAGGCGGGACCAGGAGCUGUUAGUAAUGGUUCCUUUCUCCAUGGGCGCCCUGGGUGUGAUUGUGGGCGUGUACCCUACGCCCCUCCCACGCCCAUGGGUGGGUGUUACGUACGAAGACUGGUGCGUUACCCCACACGGUUGCGAGACGCCAAUCACUCCCACGGUAGUUACUCUUACCUUGACUCCCACGCCCGUCCCUAGCAUUACCACGCCCUGGGCGAGGUCUACCAUCCACGUCAUGUACUCUGGCACCAUGCUUAGAGUGCCCAUGGUGUGCCCAGCGCCUCAGGUGUUUAGUGGGAACAGGUUGUGUUGCUGCUGGUGUUGCUGGCGGCCGCCGCCACCACAGCGGCUCCGAUGGCCGGCCCGGAGAUUCUUCUUCGGCUAUGAACCCGAACCAGCUCCGGAAUCGGACUCCGAGUCUUCAUACACCUCCAUUUCCUCCUUAGCCAGAGCGUACAAGCCACCGACUUUCUUCCCUGCUAUCCUGUCGGUCAAGCGAGCACCGGUAGCUGCCCGACCUAUCCGACGAAAAUCAACCAUCCAGCCAUUCUCUGCUAUUAGACCAUUCUCGCCAAUCCAGCCAGAUCCAGCAGUCCAGGAAUCCUUAACAAUCGAUCCGGCUCCAGAAAUCCAUAAAUCCUUAGCAGCUCAGGAAUCCUUAGGAAUCCAGCCAAUUUCACAAACACAAACAUUAAAAUCAAGAAAGCGACCUCUUUCAUAUAAGCCAGUCCUCUACUAUAAGGCUCCAGUAAAGUAUAAUUUCGACUGGUCUGUCAAGGACGACUUCGCUAACGAUGUUUCUCACGAAGAAUCCCGUGAUGGUGACCACACCCGGGGGUCGUAUUCCGUGCUUCUCCCCGACGGCCGUCUUCAGACCGUGACAUACUACGUGGAUGGUGAUUCAGGCUACGUGGCUGAGGUGAAAUACAAGGAUGUGGCUAGAUUCCCAGAGCCAGCCUACAGGCCUAUUCCAGCCUACAGGCCGGUACAUGGCUAGGAUGCUACGCCUCUCUGCCAGAAUCACGAAAAAGUUUGAAAUAUUUGUCAAGAGUCCCAGCACACUGUCGGUGCUUUCACAAUGUAACUAUCAUAUAGAAUAAUGUUCCAGCACACUGUGGGUGCUCCCACAAUGUUACUAUCAAACAGAAUAGUGUACCAACAAAUCGUAACUACCACA